GCUGUUCACUUCAGAUCUUAACGGGACAAUGGAUAACACCUACAAGUCUAAACAAAAUGGAGGAUAUUCAAAUCUCAGCAGUUUGUUUUUGCUGCUGUUUCUGGCAGGUCUUCAGCCAGCACUGUCCACUCAUACAGAUCAACCUGAACCAGGACUGCAAAUAGAGUUCUUGGGUCUGGGCUAUGCGACUGUGGGCGUGCCAAGCAGCAUUGGGUGUCAAGUGUCUAACUGCCCUGCAUGUACCUACUCCAUGUCUAUGGAUGAACAGAAAGUCCAGGGCAAUGUCCUAUCCUUCACUCUUAACAGCUGGGUGAAGACCUUGACAGUAUCAUGUACAGCCACGGAUGUAGAAACAAAGCUAAGUGCAAUAGCAACAACGUCACUGCAGGGACUAGCUGGACCUGCCAACGUUUCUAUCACAGGUCCUGGUGUGAUGAAUCCCACAGUGAGCCACACCUAUAGUUGCCAUGCCAACUGUCGGCCGUCAUGUUUCUAUGCCUGGAAGUUAAAUCAGGGCCCUUGGAUCAGGGGUCAAGGGAAUGUUAUAUCAGUCACUGCUCAGGAGAUGCACAGCCUCUCAACUCUCAACUGCAAAGCCACCAAUACUAUAUCUAGGCUGUUUGUCUCUGCAACCAAAACCAUUAAUGUGACGUGUAAGUCAAGAGUUUCACUACUGGUGGAGUGA